GGGGAAAAUUUGUGCCCGUACAUACCGCCACUAGCUAAUUUCGUCAAUUUUCCUCUUCGUAUUAUUCCCCUGCCAGUAGAGAGAGAAACCUUAUCUUCCCUGCAAAAGACAUUUAACACAACCGACAACGAGAGAGAGUGAAGGUAUAAUACCUACUUUGCACAGGCAAUUACGAACCCUCCUACAAAAUUACCCCACUUGGAGCAGUAUAAUCAUUCAAAGGUAUUGAAAAAAGUAGCUGUCUAGCUGAAGAAAAUACAGAAUUGUAUCAGUAUGCGUACUUGUUUUUGUUAUUACUACAGAGAGUCAAUGAACUACGAAAAAUGAUUGAUGUCCAGUUUUCGAUUAAAGUUUCAACUGUUUACUUUUGGAACAAUUGAAUCGAAGUUCUGAAAGAGAAAUGAAUCACCGUGUGCCAGAUUUCGAGAGGGAGGAGGACUAUUCAAUUCCAACUUCUUCAGGGUUAUCCGGACCUAGAAAGUCUGCACUAGGUGAAGAGGAGAUUAUGGAGUUGCUGUGGCAAAACGGUCCAGUUGUUGUGCAGAGUCAGAACCAACGAUCUACGAGGAAAGCUCAAUUCGGCGGCGGCAGUGGCGGUGAGGCUUUGAUUCCGACGGAGGUUAGGGAAAUCCGAUCGAGUGGCGAGGAGCAAACGGCGGCGGCGAAAAAUUUGUUUAUACAGGAGGAUGAGAUGACAUCGUGGCUUCAGUACCCACUCGAUGACUCCUCCUUUGAUCGGGAUUUGUAUGCGGAUCUUCUCUAUUCCACUCCUCCACCACCUCCUCCAGCUCCUGUUACCAAAGUUGCUCCACCACGGGCGGCGGCGGAGAUCCGCCCUCCUCCUAUGCCUACUCGGCCGCCUAUACCAACACCGCCUCGAAAGCUGCGAGCCUCCUCUGCCUUACAGAAUUUCGUGCAUUUGUCGAGGAUGUCGAGGGCGAGGAAUGAGACAAUUUCAGGCCCAUCAAGUUCAAGCAAGGCAGCUGUCAGGGAAUCGACGGUGGUGGAGUCGAAUGAGACGCCGAUGGUUGGAUCGAAGUACAGAGUUUCCCAAGCGGCGGCGAAAAGUACAGCGCAGGACUUCGGCCGGAACAUAUUGAGGGGUACGGCGACCGCCUGUACUACAGCGGCUAGAGAAUCGGAGACAGGCACCUGUGAUCUCACACUGAUAUCAUCACCUGGUGGCUCCGGUGCCAGUGUCAGCGCCAGCCCCGAGCCACCUCCGCCGCAUCAGAAUCCACCGCCGGCGGAGGACCAGAAGCGGAAAGGCAGAGAAGCCGAGGAAAACGAUUAUCGGAAUGAGGAUAUUGAGUUUGAAUCUGCUGAAGCCAAGAUGCACGCCCGUAGUUCAACGUCAACAAAGAGAUCUCGUGCUGCGGAAGUUCAUAAUCAAUCAGAGAGGAGGCGUCGGGACAGGAUCAACGAAAAGAUGAGGGCUUUGCAAGAACUCAUACCCCGGUGCAACAAGUCUGACAAAGCUUCAAUGUUGGAUGAGGCAAUUGAGUACUUGAAAUCACUACAACUGCAAGUACAGAUGAUGUCCAUGGGAUGUGGCAUGAUGCCUAUGAUGUAUCCUGGUGUCCAACAGUUCAUGCCUGCAAUGGGGAUGGGAAUGGGGAUGGGGAUGGGCAUGGGCAUGGGAAUGGAGAUGGGCAUGAACCGCCCAAUGGUGCCGUAUCAAUCUGUUCUACCCAGUUCACCAAUGCCAAACCCGUCAGCAGCAGCACAUAUGGGACCCAGAUUUUCGAUGCCCCCAUUUCACAUGUCACCAGUUCCUGUACCUGAGCCUUCGAGAAUUCAAGUUUCAAACCAGACGGAUCCUGUGCUAAACUUACAUGUUGCCAACAACCCAAACCAGCCUCAAAUCCCGAAUUUCAUGGAUCCGUAUCAACAGUAUCUCUGUCUCCACCAGGCACAAUUUCCAUUACCACAGAAUCAAGCUGCAGUUCCGCCGCCCAUUACCAACAAGCCCAGUAGCAGCAAAGAAAUGGGGAACACUUGAGAAUCACAAACCAGGUUAAUUUCCGUGAUGCGAGGACUCCAUUGGCUAAAUGCAGCUGGUUAAUACAGUUUAAGGAUGUGCGCUAACAUGUAACUAUUAUUAAAUAGUUGAUUUUCCUUUAUUUUCCAAUGGAUGUGUAAACCCCCUUGUUCACAUCUUGAAAGUGAGGGAUCCCACAUCAGAAAGGAACUCCUGUGAGCUUGCGACACCAUCGGGGAACGGGAAAAUUUACGCCGUGAUAGGUUGUUAGGUGUUUUUCAUGUCUUCUGCCAAUUAUUUUUAAGCUCACUCAUAUACAGGAUAAAUUUGGGAAAGAGGGAUAUGGCUGCUAUUCCAUUUUGAAGCAUUCAAAUGUACUAAAUUAGAAUUGAAGGGUCUGUGCCUCUCACCGAUUUAGUGGACCCCAAUAGGUACGUGACAAAAUUUGUUGGAUUUCUUAUAAUUGACAUGUCUGAUUAUAAAUUUA